AUGGUUUCUGCAAAGCAACUAGCAUUGGCUGCGGCCAUGCUGUCUGUCUGUGGACUGACCCAUGCCGAGAGUAAUAUUACCUCGGAUACUUAUUUCUAUGGCCAGUCUGAGCCUGUUUAUCCCUCGCCCAAUGGUACCGGAUCUGGUGACUGGGCUAAGGCCUAUGAGAAGGCUGCCGCGAUGGUUUCUAAGAUGACUUUGGAAGAAAAGAACAACCUCACUUACGGAGCUAGCAAUACCGAGAAUGGGUGCUCUGGAAUCAUUCCGGCUAUUCCUCGUCUGGGAUUCACUGGCCUCUGCUUGACUGAUGCAGGCAAUGGUGUCCGUAACACGGACUUUGUUAACAGUUACCCCAGUGGUAUUCAUGUUGGCGCCAGUUGGAAUAAGACCCUUGCAUAUGAGCGCGGUUGGCACAUGGGAGGAGAGUUUAGAAAGAAGGGUGUUCAGGUGGCUCUUGGACCCAUGGUUGGUCCUUUGGGACGCACCGCCACCGGUGGUAGAAACUGGGAAGGUCCCUCUAACGAUCCCUAUCUCGGUGGCGCAAUUGCUGCCUCUACUGUCCAAGGCACACAGGAACAAGGUGUCAUUACAAGCGUGAAGCACUUCAUCGCCAACGAGCAAGAGCUUUACCGUAACCCUACCACCAACUCCGAUAACCAGACGGUCGAGUCCGUCUCCAGCAACAUUGAUGAUAAGACCAUGCACGAGCUGUAUCUUUGGCCUUUCCAAGAUGCCCUCAGGGCAGGCGCCGGAAAUAUCAUGUGUUCCUACAACCGAGUGAAUAACUCGUAUGGCUGCCAGAAUAGCAAGACUCUGAACGGAUUGCUCAAGACCGAGCUUGGCUUCCAGGGCUUUGUCGUGACUGACUGGGAUGCUCAGCACGCUGGUGUCAGUGCAGCCCUCGCUGGUCUAGACAUGGCUAUGCCUGAUGGCCAGACCUUCUGGGGCAACAACUUCACCGAGGCUUUCACGAACGGCAGUGUUCCUGUAUCUCGUUUGGAUGACAUGGCUACUCGUAUCAUUGCCACUUGGUACCAGAUGGGACAAGACGAGUCGAGCUUCCCCUCUCUUGGUGUUGGUAUGCCGUACAACAUCAGUGAGCCUCAUUACAUUGUGAAUGCACUCACUCCCGAUGCGAAGCCCGUUCUGUACGAAGGUGCGGUCGAGGGUCAUGUCCUGGUCAAGAACGUCAACAACGCUCUUCCUCUGCAAUCCCCUAAGUUGGUUUCUGUAUUCGGUUGGGAUGCCAAAGCACCUGACAGCAUGAUGCCCAACGGACAGAGCCUGGUUUAUAACCCUUGGGUUCUUGGUCUGGAACCUGCGAUCUACCAGACCGGUGAUGUCUUCUUGAACACCAGCCCUGACGUGCCUGACUACUACCAAGUUGCAUUCAACGGCACCCUCUCAGUUGGUGGAGGCUCAGGCGCCAACAGCGGUCCUUAUCUGAGUGCACCCCUCGAUGCUCUGCAGCAGCGCGCUUAUGAGGACAACACCGUUCUCAUGUGGGAUACCUCCGUGUCUCCCUCUUCAAUUGGUUUGAUGGAGGCCUCCGAUGCCUGCUUGGUAUUCAUCAAUGCCUUCGCUACCGAGAGCAUGGACCGUCCUGGUCUCCGCGAAGACUACUCCGACGGCCUGGUGAAGCAGGUUGCAUCAACCUGUGCUAACACCAUCGUCGUCAUCCAUAACGCUGGAACUCGCCUGGUCGACCAAUUCGCCGACCACGAGAACGUCACCGCAAUUGUCUUCGCCCACCUGCCCGGUCAAGAAUCCGGUCGUGCAAUCGUGAACCUGCUCUACGGCGACGAGAACUUCAGCGGCAAGCUCCCUUACACCGUUGCCAAGAACGAAUCCGACUACGCGACCCUGUCCCACACCCAAGCGGUCACUCCUUACGGCCUCUUCCCCCAGUCAGACUUUGACGAGGGCGUCCUCACUGACUACCGUUACUUCGACAAGCAUGAUAUCACCCCUCGCUACGAGUUCGGUUUCGGUCUCUCGUACACUACCUUCUCCUUCUCUGACCUGAAGGUUUCCGCACCUAAGAAGAACAUCGCUGCUUACCCCAGCGGAGCCAUCGAGCAAGGUGGUGCCGUCGAUCUGUGGGAGACCGUCGCAACUAUCACCGCCACCGUCCGUAACACCGGAAAGAAGUCUGGCGCAGAGGUAGCCCAGAUCUACGUCGGUAUUCCCGGUGGCCCCGUGAAGCAGCUGCGUGGAUUCGAGAAGGUCCGCAUUCCUGCUGGAAAGUCUGUCAAGGUCACUUUCCCCUUGACUCGUCGUGACCUGAGCACUUGGGAUGUCGUUGCGCAGAAGUGGUUGCUUCAGAGUGGAAGCUAUAACCUCUAUGUUGGCUCUUCUAGCAGGGCUCUUCCUUUGACAGCCUCUAUGGAGGUUACUUCUAGCUCCAGUGCUUAA